AUGGAUCCUCAGACUCAAAAUGAUAUCGCCAAGCUCAGCGAUGCCGACAGAAAGGAACUGACACAAUUUCUGGAAAACGAGGCUCAGCGAUCCAAUAUUCAGCAGACGGUUCACCAUCUCGCCGAUGUCUGCUGGAAGAAAUGCAUCACUGGAAAGAUUUCUUCAGGCCGUCUGGGUCAGGGAGAGGAGAGCUGUGCACAGAACUGUGUCGAACGAUGGAUGGACACGAACUUCGCCGUCCUCAAGCACCUGGAAACUCUUCGAGGGCAAUGA